AUGGAUUGCUCAUCGGCAUCAAGAGAUCAUCAAGAGGAAACAAAACUUUUGGAUGAGCUAAAACAGGGGAAGGAGCUGGCCAAACAGCUUCUACUCCAUCUCAAUGCCCCUUCAACUUCUUCUUCACAUCAACAAAAGGGUGAGCUCUUGGUUCAAGACAUUCUCAAGACUUACGAAAAUGCGCUAUCGAUUCUCCUACGAUGGUCGCCCGGUCCAGCUGCGUCUCUAGAGUCGCCGCGAAGUGAAGAAUCUGACCGGGAUCAAGAGGGCUCGAGAAAGAGGAAGAACGUGAUUCGAUGGACAAAGAAAGUGCGAGUUGGGGCAGGAGUGGAAGGAGAAGGAGAAGGAGGUGAUCUUAAUGAUGGUUACAAUUGGAGGAAGUAUGGACAAAAGGACAUUCAUAAGGCCAACUUUCCUAGAAACUAUUUCAGAUGCACUCAAAGAAAUACCCAAGGUUGUUUAGCCACUAAACAAGUGCAAAUAUCCGACGAAGACCCGUCACUCUUCAACAUCUCCUACCGAGGAACACAUACUUGUAACACUAUCCAAGUCGGCCCUAGCUUAAACAACAACAAUAUAACCGCAACCUUAACAACCUUAUCCGAACCAACUCUUCUACCAGCGCUAGAAGUCCCCGACUCUCAAACCGAUCAGAAGUUGUUAUCUCCUAAUACCCUCUUCGAAUUCCAAACAGGCCUAGAAAAUGCGACGAGACACGAAGUUGGAAAUUCCUAUGAUAUUGUUGGCCCUAUGUUGGUUGAGAAUGAUCAUGCCCCUUCAACAGCUUUUCCGGAAACUACUUCUGCUGGUUCUUUUGAAUUCGAUUACUUUGCCUCGGGAUUCAUGGAUGAAGCCGAGCUUUCGUUUACCUUUGAUAAUUCACGAUUUUUCUAGUAGUUAUAAUAGGGAUAAUUCAUAAAUAUAUAGUUUGAAGGACAUUGCUUAUUUUGUGAUAAAGAGUUGUAUUAAUCAUAUGCAUGUCUAGCUAAAUAUUAUAGCUCCAUUUUGAAUAAACGUGACAAGGAGAUCUUAAUUAAA